CCAUAAUGUCAAAGCAAUCAGAACCAUUUUGACAAAUUUGUAUUUUCAUUUUUUGUCAACAUUCCCAAAUUUUCGUGAAUUUUUGCCAUGAGAAAAGCAAACUCAGUUGUUGCUACUACAUCAGGUAUUUUUCAAAGAUAUGUCGUACCAUGCUGGUCAUCUGUGCAACUUUCGUUAGUAGCUGCGUUUUGUCUGAAGGUGUACUACGAACAUGUAGCUAAUAGAGAUGCGCGACAUUUGGCUCAUUUUUCAUACCUAAUUAUGAUCGCCAACGCUUGUGCUGGACUUUUGAGAUACACUAACGACGAUACCUACUGUGAUCUUAGAAUUCUACUAGACUACGGCCAACUAGUUCUUGCCCUUCCACUAAUAGUAACCGAAUUUUUGCUAAAAAAUGAAGUCGUACCAGCAGAAGUAGCAUACAUACCAACGGGCAUAGCAUUUGCAACGUUUUUAAUGUUCAUUUUUCUGGAAUAUAAACGACAAGAUCUGACUGAUUUAAAUGUUAUCACUAGUAUUUUAUGUUAUAUCAUCGUUGGUUAUGCCUAUAGUUUAUAUGCGUUUGUAGCUGGUUUAAUUUUUGGUUUAAAUUAUUUUCUCAUUAAGAGGCGGGAGGAAUGUUUUUUGAAGAAAGCAAACCAGUUUAAUUUGUUAAUGUCCGCAUUUGCCUUAAUGUCGUUGUUAUCUCUAGAUCCUAAUUGUCUUAAUGUAUCAGACGAUUAUCCACAAGAAUUUCUGGGUGAAUGAUUGGAUAAAUUGUGUAUUUACUGUAUUUAAAAAUAAAUGUCCUCACCUUA